AGUUUUCCGUAAAUAAAUCGAGGCUUAAGUGUAGUUUGUGUAGAAUCACAUCUUCAAGGCGCUCAAUACUCUCUGAAUUUGGGCCAAACACAAGGGAUUACUCGAUUAUACAGUAGACAAGGAUAUUUACACUCAACACAAGCGGCUAAAGUUAUUUAAAAGUAUAUGAAAAAUGUCAGAGGCUGUUCCGGCGGCAAACGGAACUAAAAAGUAUCCAUUUUUAACGUUUAAUAGAAAUACUGAGGAUCAUGCUAAACUUUCACAACUUUUUGAAUCGGCAAAAAUUAAUCUUGAAACCCCUCUUGCUCUGAAGAACAAAUGGGUGAUAUGGGAGCAAAUUGUAAAAAUGAACGAUCACGGACAUAAUGUAGACUAUAAAGAACACACAAAGCCAUUGGUUUCCUUCGACUCUGUCCAAGCAUUUUGGAACCUUUGGUUCAAUAUACCCCAGCCGAGCGAGCUCUCUACGACAAAGAGAAUCUCUAGGGAGUGCUCGGAUGGAUCAGAACAUUUUAUAGACGCCAUAAUGGUCUUUAGAGAUGGAGUCCAACCAAUGUGGGAGGACCCAUUGAAUAAAGACGGAGGUCAUUUUGAUUACAGAUUCAGACCCGCCGACAUUAGUCCACUCACUAUAGACGAAUAUUGGAAUAAUAUAAUCCUCGGACUCGUAGGAUCCACUAUACCACUAGGAAAUUUAAUCACCGGAGUCCGAUUGGUCGACAAGCUAAACAGCCGUAAUCCCGUGAUACGUAUCGAAGUUUGGUUUCAGAAUCUCGGAACUUCAAACGAUCCAACGCAGCUAAUGAAGUCUAUUGGAACCUGUAUGGCCCGGAAACUUGACGGGUCCAUUGGACCCCUUCCAAAGGGAGACUUGAAGUGGCACUAG